UUGAUGAGUUUCAGAAAACUGUACACCUCGGAAACCCCUUUGCGCCUCCGUCUCCAAUGGCGGCGGGUUUCAGUUCUCUAAUUCCGAGAACGCCUCUGAAACGCGCCGUUAGUAGUGCAACCGGAUACCUAACGGCGCCGUUAGCUUCUAUUUCGACAGCAAGAAAUCUCUUCGCUGGAGGAGCAUGUGACGAGAUUUAUGGUGAGCCAGGAGGGUUUCCUCAUUCCAGUGGAAUAAGAAGGUACAACACCGUUGGUAAUUCUGCCGCACUAACUGGUCCUUUUCAUCAUUUUCUUAGGGUCAACCAGACAAACAAGCCCGCCUUUUUAAGGGUCCAAUCGAUGAGCUAUCAGUUUGUGGCUGAUUCUCAUGCAUCUCCUAAACGUAUUGUCAAGACUGAGGAUGAAGAAGAUUUUUCUGAUUCAUCAAAGAAGGAAAACGCUGAAACCCCUAGGAAACAUCAAAUUGGGGAGAACAUACCCAAGAAGGAUAAAAUAAAGUUUCUUGUGAACACUCUUCUUGACAUGGAAGAUAAUAAAGAGGCUGUUUAUGGAGCUCUGGAUGCUUGGGUUGCUUGGGAGCGCAAUUUCCCCAUUGCUUCCCUAAAAAGAGUAAUAGCUAUUCUUGAAAAGGAACAUCAAUGGCAUCGAAUGAUCCAGGUGAUAAAGUGGAUCCUAAGUAAGGGACAAGGGAACACGAUGGGGACGUAUGGACAGUUGAUACGGGCGUUAGAUAUGGAUCGUAGAGCAGAAGAGGCUCAUGUUAUCUGGCGAAAGAAAAUUGGGAACGAUCUGCAUUCUGUGCCUUGGCAAUUAUGCUUACAAAUGAUGCGCAUAUAUUUCCGGAACAACAUGUUACAAGAACUUGUUAAGCUAUUUAAGGAUCUGGAGAGUUAUGACCGUAAGCCUCCGGACAAGCACAUUGUGCAGACCGUGGCUGAUACUUAUGAGCUUUUAGGAAUGGUUGAUGAGAAAGAACGGGUAAUGACGAAGUAUAGCCAUCUUUUGCUUGGUACAGCAUCCGAUGAUAAACCAAGAAGAUCCUCAAGGAAGAAAAAGAAACAAGAACUGAGGAUUCCUGAAGCAACGACAGAAGACGCAGCAAAAGCUGAGGUACAAGAAGAGCUAAAAGAAAAUCUGGAUAAUCACCAAGAAUCAGAAGCUACCACUGAGAAACAAUCCGAACAUGGAGCGUUAAUUUGUAGUAUUAAUUCGAUAAGAGACAUGGAUUGUAAGAUGUACUAGUAUCUAAUGGAGGGAUUGUCGAGAAUGGUCAAUGAUGGAUAGAGUUUGAGUGCAGCACUAGUAUUACAGAAAAGUUGAAUUUUAGGUUUGCGUGUCAAGGACAUAAGAGCAUAAUAUCAUUCUCCCCUAA